AACGAGAUUCUGUCUAAAAAAAUAAAUGAAUAUUAACUCAAAUUUCUGUUAUUGAGGGUUUAUUUGAAAGUUAUCAUUACCUGACCAUGGUAGCAUGUUUAAGCACAGUUCCACAACAUCAUUACAAACCUAAACCUGUUUCACUAUUUGUGUUUUAACAUUUGUAAGGUAGAGACAAAGCCAACUCAUACAAUUACUGGUGUGGCAUCCAAAAAGAAUAUUAAAGAUAAGAUUCUGUCUUAGUAACAAGUUGUAGAUUAUUCCUAAAUUAACAGUUUUUUGUCACUAAAAUCUCACUAUUAACAGCUAAGUUGCUUCCCUUCAUAAUUAGAGGAGAACCUCUACUUGACAGCAAUAAAACUGUAUUUUAAGAUAUUUUUAAUUAUGACUUUUUACUAAUUCACAAUUACUUGAGUUUAUAAGGCCUGCCUAACAAUUUCCAAAGCUUGGAAAGAGAAUCUUUUGAAAUGUAGUAGAAAAUAUUCAUUUGUUUUUGCUACAAUGUAAGUGGGUUGUUUCAUUAUUCUGCAUUUUAGCUUGUCCAUCUGUUUCAUAACAAGAGUUUCUAUUACAGUUUUUAAGAAAAGCUGCCUUGAAAUAUGUUUCUCAUAAGUAACAAAGAUUUUAUCUGAGAAAAAAAUUAUUUAUACCCUUUGGCAAAAGCGGUAACUCGUCAUGGAAAGGUCAGGGGCUUGGAUAUUUGUUUUUUGGGUACCUAGGCUGGCACUUGAUUUUUACCAGAAAGUGCAGGGUGCAGUAAAAGAUUGUACACUGGAGAAAUUUUACGUAAAUCAGUGGGAAGCCUCUCAGAUAAGUCUCAGUGUUGUUAGCUGCCUCAUCACCUUUGUUGUUUGAAGAUUUGGGAAGAUUUUGUGGAUUUUCAUGUAUUUUCAACAGUCUGCUUCUAGGGCUGAGCAUUUUUGAAAAGGUGUUAAUAUUUUUUCACAUUAUACUAUAAAGCUGGUAUCUUUCAGUGUUUGUCAAAUUGGUAUAAAGAGCACUGCUGGUUUAUUAAUCCGUAAGGUUAUAUAAACUCUACAUGACUUAACAUUUUAGUGACAUGGAAAAGUGGGAUUUCUGGUUAGUGGUGUAUAGAUCUUUCUUCACGUAGUGCAGGUAAUAUAUGAGCAUUGUCUGAUGAAUCCUUACAACAUCCCUAUAUGCUUUUGGAAAGUAUGAUCUUUGUUUAACAAAAUGGGAAACAGAGGCGCAUGCUGUACCAGCUAUCACUGAAAACAAUAGCUAGAAUCCAGAAAACAUACUCAUCUGGUUCAGUGUGUUGCCCAAUAGAUGCAAUUAGUAUUCUGUUUUCUUUAUCUUAUUUGUUUGCCUUAUAAUUAUUAAACCUGGUUUUUUAAAUUCGAUUUUGGUUGAUUCCUUUUCUUGUAAGUCCGCCACUUGAGCUAAUGUAGCCAACAAGCAUCUGACACGAGGCAGAAUUGUCCUCAGAUUGCAGCUCUACUGCUAUCUCCAUCUGUUGGUAUGAAGAAGUAAUGCUCUUGCCAGAAAUAAGCAAGCUUAUUUUAAUUUUAGCAAAAACAGAUUAAGAAAUAAGGAAUUGUGCUGUUAAUUCAUUUUCUUUCUUUGUGACAGGUAAAGUCAGUUGGAAGAUGCAAAACUGUCACAGGAAGUUGGUUAUUAUAGACAAAUUGCCUUUUUUAAGGCUUUUUGUUAGUGAUAUUAGAAGUGUCAAAGAGAGUAAUUUAAAAAUGACAUAUUAACCAUACCUAAAUUAUUUAUGGCUUGUUCUUUAAGGAAUUACAGAAAGAUAUGGUUGUCUCAACUUUUUUUCUUCAACCUGGGAUCAGGCAUCAUUGUGCAACAAUAUUUUAAUAGCGAGAAAUCUCAAAAAUCCUGACAGUCUUUGCAUAUUCACAGUUUCAUGGGCUUUUGCAUCAUUGCUUCUGAAUUGCUAAUGAAGAGCUCAAUAUAGCUUCUGAUGCAUUUCAGAUAUUCUGGGUGGUGACUGGCUAGAGUGUUACUGACAUCACAACAUACAGCUGUUGACUUUCUAUUGUCUGAGUCCUCAGCAAGUGCUUUAGACUGCUCCAGCAGGCACUCCCAAUGCCUGACUAAUCAGCUGGAUGUGUGCAGUGAGCUCUGUAGAGGAGCAAUGCAGAGCAGCAAUUUACAGGUACUAUGGAAAGAACAUCUUCUUAACUCUGUAUGAUGAAGCAAAUACCAAUACAAUGAAGGCCACGGAAAGGUAUGAUAUAUUUGAUCCAAGACAGUCCAUUCCAGUCCGGGAAUCUACAGUGGUGACAAGGACAUGGGACUCCUCCUGCCAGAUUACAGAUGGUUCACUACAGUUGACAUCCUGGCUGACAACUGUGAAAAAGAACCUUGGAUUAUUUUUUUUUUUUUUUCUGGGACACCACAAUCCCAAAUCCAAAGGACGCAUCAGGUUUCAAGCUCCCUGUAGAAUUCGAAAAUAACCUUUGCUAAUGAGGAUGUCUGAUACUGUUACUGUAAAAGAUGAAACUGCAACAAUGAAGGAUUUGGAGGCAGAAGUGAAAGAUACAACCAGAGUUGAAAAUCUUAUCAAAUCAGAAAACUAUGGGAAGAUUUUGGUAGAGAAGAAUGAACAUUGUAUUGAGAACAAUAUAGAUCUGCAGCGGCCAUUGCAGUCAUUUGGACAGACAGGAAAAAGGUCUAAGUCAAGCUCAAAGUUAAAGCUAGUUCGGAGCCUUGCAGUGUGUGAAGAAUCUCCACCACCACCUGCACCAGAGAUAUCACAGGAGAACCAGGAGAAAAUUCAGCUCCAGUUAACACAAUCAUUUGAGAAAGAAGAGAAGCCUUCAAAAGAUGAAGCAGAAAAAGAAAAGGCCAGUGAUAAGUUGCCCAGAAAAACGUUAUCAAGAGAUUCCAGUCAAGAAUACACUGAUUCAACUGGCAUAGAUCUACAUGAAUUUUUAGUAAAUACAUUAAAAAACAAUCCCAGGGACAGAAUGAUGCUGCUGAAAUUGGAACAAGAAAUUUUAGAUUUCAUUGGUAAUAAUGAGUCUCCACGUAAAAAAUUCCCCCCAAUGACAUCUUACCAUAGGAUGCUAUUACACAGAGUAGCCGCUUACUUUGGAUUAGACCACAAUGUUGAUCAGAGUGGGAAGUCUGUCAUAGUAAACAAAACUAGCAAUACAAGAAUACCUGAUCAGAAAUUUAAUGAACAUAUUAAGGAUGAUAAAGGUGAAGACUUUCAGAAACGUUAUAUCCUCAAGAGAGAUAACUCUAGCUUUGACAAAGAUGAUAACCAGAUGAGAAUACGUUUGAAAGAUGACAGAAGAAGCAAAUCUAUAGAAGAAAGAGAAGAAGAGUACCAGAGAGCUAGAGAUCGAAUAUUUUCCCAAGAUUCCCUGUGUUCCCAAGAGAAUUACAUUAUUGACAAAAGACUCCAAGACGAAGAUGCCAGUAGUACCCAGCAGAGGCGCCAGAUAUUUAGAGUUAAUAAAGAUGCUUCAGGGAGAUCCACAAAUAGCCAUCAAAGCAGCACUGAGAAUGAGUUGAAGUACUCGGAACCACGACCCUGGAGCAGCACAGAUUCAGACAGCUCUCUUCGAAACCUGAAACCUGCUGUAACCAAAGCGAGCAGCUUCAGUGGAAUCUCAGUCCUGACAAGAGGUGAUAGUUCUGGAAGCAGCAAAAGCAUAGGCAGGCUUUCAAAAACAGGUUCUGAGUCUUCUGGUAGUGUAGGGUCAUCUACAGGCUCUCUUUCUCACAUCCAGCAGCCUCUUCCAGGUACAGCUCUCAGCCAGUCUUCUCAUGGCGCACCUGUCGUCUAUCCAACUGUCAGCACUCAUAGUUCUCUUUCCUUUGAUGGUGGCCUAAAUGGGCAAGUCGCAUCUCCUAGCACUAGCUUCUUUUUGCUUCCCUUGGAAGCGGCAGGCAUACCACCUGGCAGUAUUCUGAUCAACCCACAAACAGGUCAGCCCUUCAUAAACCCAGAUGGGAGUCCAGUUGUGUAUAAUCCUCCUAUGACUCAACAACCAGUUAGACCCCAAGUGCCUGGACCUCCACAGCCACCUCUGCCAGCCCCACCUCAACAACCAGCAGCUAAUCACAUUUUCUCACAGGAAAAGAGAGAGAACUUCAAAGACUUUUCCCCUGAUAAAUACCGAAAAUAUAUUGGAAAGAAGAGAAUUGUUUUAAUCUUACGAGCCUGUCUGCCUGUUCGUCCUCUGCAGUCCUCUUCACAGCCUGUUCAGUACUCUACAGCCCCUUACCCAUCCCCGCUCCUGCCAGUCUCACCCACCCAGCAAUACUCCGUGCAGGAUAACCUUGGGUCUCAGUUUAGUCACAUGAGUCUUGCUCGCCAGCCAUCUACUGAUGGUUCUGACCCUCAUACCACCAUGUUCCAGUCCACUGUGGUUCUUCAGUCUCCACAGCAGUCUGGUUAUAUCAUGACAGCAGCCCCUCCACCACAUCCUCCUCCACCGCCACCACCACCACCUCCUCCUCCUCCCCUACCACCUGGGCAGCCAGUCCCUACUGCUGGAUAUUCUGCCUCUGGUCAUCCUGUCAGCCAGCCUGUGCUCCAGCAGCAGGGAUAUAUUCAGCAGCCAUCACCACAGAUGCCAGCCUGUUAUUGCACUCCAGGCCACUAUCACUCCAGCCAACCUCAGUAUCGCCCAGUCCCUUCUGUUCAUUACAAUUCACAUCUAAACCAACCACUGCCACAACCUGCGCAGCAGACAGGUUUUCAAGUUAUACCCAACCAGCAGCAAAACUACCAAGGAAUAGUUGGAGUUCAGCAACCCCAGAGUCAGAGCCUAGUCAGUGGCCAACCCAACAGCAUUGGAAAUCAGAUUCAAGGAGUAGUCAUCCCCUAUACUUCAGUGCCAACAUAUCAGGUUUCACUGCCUCAAGGUUCUCAAGGAAUUCCCCAUCAGACUUAUCAACAGCCUGUUAUGUUCCCUAAUCAGUCUAAUCAAGGAUCUAUGCCCACAACGGGAAUGCCUGUUUAUUAUAGUGUCAUUCCACCUGGUCAACAAAAUAAUUUAAGCUCUUCAGUAGGUUACCUGCAACAUCCAGGAUCAGAACAAGUACAGUUUCCUCGAACCACUUCACCAUGCAAUUCCCAGCAGCUUCAAGGCCACCAAUGUACAGCUGGGCCACCACCGCCACCUGGUGGUGGGAUGGUGAUGAUGCAGCUCAGUGUACCAAACAAUCCACAAUCUUGUGCCCACUCACCCCCACAGUGGAAACAAAACAAAUACUACUGUGAUCACCAGAGAGGACAGAAGUGUGUAGAGUUUAGCAGUGUAGACAAUAUCGUCCAGCACAGCCCUCAACUCAGUAGCCCCAUUAUUUCACCAGCUCAGUCGCCAGCACCAGCUCAGCUAUCCACUCUGAAAACUGUACGUCCUUCUGGACCACCACUUUCCAUCAUGCCCCAAUUUUCUAGACCUUUUGUCCCCGGGCAAGGAGAUUCCAGGUAUCCAUUACUUGGCCAGCCGCUGCAGUACAACCCUCCUGCUGUUCUGCACAGACACAUUCCAAACCAACAGGGUCAGCCUGGCAGCAGGCAUGGAAACCGAGGAAGGAGACAAGCUAAAAAAGCUGCAUCCACCGACCUUGGAGCAGGAGAAACAGUUGUUGGGAAGGUCUUGGAAAUUACUGAACUACCAGAUGGAAUAACUCGCAUGGAAGCUGAAAAGCUUUUUGGGGAACUCUUUAAAAUUGGCGCCAAGAUCCGGUGGCUCCGGGACCCCCAGUCGCAACCACGUCGUCACCCCCUCUGCUGUGGCAGCGGGGACAACACUGUCAACCCUGAACGCUCUAAACCCAGUGACUUGGCCUCCACCUACACCGUCUUAGCCACAUUCCCCUCCAUUUCAGCUGCACAGAAUGCAUUGAAGAAACAAAUUAACUCAGUUAACAAGUUUAAGCUGAGAACAAGCAAGAAGCACUAUGACUUUCACAUUUUGGAAAGGGCAAGUUCUCAGUAACAGCCACCUUUGGACCCUUCGCCUUUAUGGUUCCCCUGCCCUCUCCCAUCUUUGAUUGGCUUGGUGUUUGGAGCUUCUGUUAACAUUAUAGAGACUCCUAGGAUGUGUGUUCAUGGCGUUAUAGCUUUUGAAGAAAGGCCAGUGAUCCAGCAAAGGGGGAAAAUAUAUGCAUUUCACCCCACAUGACUGUAGGAAUCCACGUCAGAAUGAUACAGAGUUAGCAGGUUUUUCUAAGGAAAUGCCGUUCAAAUGCCUCCUAACUUUUAUAGUUAUUUUGUUUUAUAUUUCUAAAUUCUUGUAUCAGAUCCAAAGCUCUAUUGUACAGCAAAGUAUUCUUCAAAAUGAUUGUAACCAGUUGCAACCUGUAUUUCUUUUUGCAGCCAGCACAAUGUGACCCAACUUAAAAUUUGGGGGAAAAAGAAUGCAGGAGUGAAAUAACCAAGUCAAAACCAUGUACUAUCUCCUUGGGGGUUAGGGAUGCUAAGAAGAGCCCACAAAUAGAGGAUUACUCUUCCCCCGAAUCUCUAAACUCAGAAACAAUUGCCAAAAAAUACAUAACUCUUCCCUGUAGGACCCUUUCCUUAUUCAUUUAGGUAGUGUGAACAUUAAGUAUAAAAUAAAUUAUGUUCUUAAUGCCUCUUAAACCACUUACAUUCAGAGGGGAACAGAAAUCAUUCUAAGCAGGAAAAUACUUCCAUUUUUUUUUUUUCAAGUAUCUCUCUAAUAACUAAAUGCCACUUAUUUGCAUUCCCCUCCUUGUGGAUUUUUUGUCACCUAAGGAAAUGCAUUUGAUGAGUGCUGGAAACUUCUUAAGUGCUUUACAGUUUGUUUUCAUUGUUUGCAGCGGAUCACUGGACAUCAAAGAUUCAUUGCACUUAUGAACAAGGAACCUUCUUUUCAAUUUCUGUGUAAUUUGCAAGGCUGUACAAUGUGUGCUGAUGCAAGCCUUUUUCAGUUCAAGAGAAUAAAUGUUUACAAAUAUAG